GGUUACUUCCGAGGAGAACGCGAGAAGCCGCUCCGAGCACAGGGCUGGAGGGACUGGCAGCCGGCUGAGCCAAUCAGCGUGCAGCGGCAGCAUAGCGGGUCGGCAAGACGGGCCGCACCGUUGCUGCUCUUGGCUGCAGUAAGAACAAAGAGGUGUUCUUACACCUGGGAAAGACUAUAAAAGGCUGAUGCCUCAUCUCCAUCUGGUCUUCAAUCCUGCUUCUUACCUCUGGAGGAACUUUGCUACAAACUGAAGCUCUGAACAAAGGACUGAAUGACCCAUCGCAGCGGGGGAUAUACUCCAGAGACUGGAUUUGAACCUGCAGUUUAUUCCAUCACUGCUACAAGCCUGAACUAAGAACUUUGCCAUUACUUUUUAGGAAUAUAUUGAAGAAACCAUGGACAUCAACAGGAUGAACAAUCAACCGUGGACAAUCAACAGUGGAAUUUCUGUUCCUGAAAAGAAAAUCAACUCCUUAGUAGCUGAAGAUCAUGCUCAGCAAAUUCUAAAUGUACUGCAAAGUUUCAGAGAAAAUAAUAUCUUUUUUGACUUUAAUAUACUUGUAAAAGAUGAAAUAAUCCCCUGUCAUCGUUGUGUAUUAGCAGCAUGCAGUGACUUUUUCAGAGCCAUGUUUGAGGUUAACAUGAAAGAAAGAGAUGAUGGGAAUGUUACUAUUAGUAAUUUAUCACCCAAGGCAGUGAAGGCUUUUCUCGAUUAUGCCUAUACAGGAAGAACUGAGAUAACAAAUGAUAAUGUGGAAAUGUUCUUCCAGUUGUCAUCAUUUCUUCAAGUUUCACACCUCUCCAAGGCUUGCAGUGAAUUUCUAAUAGAAAGUGUUGAUCUUGGGAACUGUUUACAGUUGUUGUCUAUAUCAGAAAGUUAUGGUUCUGCUCAUUUGUUUGAUCAUGCACUAGAGUUUGCACAGCACUGCUUUUCCUUGCUGCUCAAAUCUAGUGAUUUCUUGGAGAUGAAUUUUGAGAUAUUGCAAAAAUGUAUUGAAGCAGAUGAGCUGUAUGUCCCUGAGGAAGAAUCUGUGUUGAAAGCUGUCCUACAGUGGACCAAACAUAAUAUAGAAAAAAGACAGAAGCAUCUCCAUCACUUGAUUAAAAAAGUGAGAUUACAUCAGUUACCUGAAAAGACACUGAAGGACUUGUUGCAUUCUGAAGAAUAUUUGCUUCAGAGCUCUGACUGCUUAGGAAUAAUCAAUGAUGCAAUUAAAAGUGUACAAAACUCCAGUGGACUAUUUCCAGAUGCUCGUCCUUCAACAACAGAAAAAUAUAUAUUUGUUCACAAGACUGAAGAAAAUGGGGAAAACAGACAUACAUUUUGCUAUAAUAUCAAAACUGAUAAAUGGAAAGAACUGCCCCACACACAAAUCAUUGAUCUGCCAGGGUCAAGUUUAUCUAGUUAUGGAGAAAAAAUAUUUAUAACUGGUGGGUGCAAAGGGAACUGCUGUAGGACUGUUAGACUUCAUAUUGCUGAACCCUUUCAUGAUGCCACUGAUCAAACUUGGUGCUACUGCCCAGUCAGCAAUGAUUUCUCCAUAGUGUCAACAAUGAAAAAACCAAGGACUAUGCACACAUCUGUCAUGACCCUAAAUCAGUUAUUUAUAAUAGGUGGAAAGACUAAAGGAGCUCAGGACAUCAGAAGUCUUUUGGAUGUGGAAUCUUACAAUCCUCUCUCCAAAGAAUGGAAAUCUGUAAGCCCGUUACCAAGAGGCAUAUACUAUCCAGAAGCAAGUGCAUGUCAAAAUAUAAUUUAUGUCCUUGGUGCUGAAGUAGAGAUUACGGAUGCCUUUAAUCCAUCUCUGGAUUGUUUCUUUAAGUAUAAUGCUAUGACUGAUCAAUGGUCUGAGCUUGUAGCAGAGUUUGGGCAGUUUUUUCAUGCAACUUUAAUCAAAGCUAUUCCAGUGAACUGCACGUUGUAUAUAUGUGAUCUUUCCACCUACAAGGUUUAUAGUUUUUGUCCAGAAACUUGUGUUUGGAAAGGGGAAGGAUCUUUUGAAUGUGCUGGCUUUAAUGCAGGAGCAGUUGGAAUAGAAGAUAAAAUUUACAUACUAGGUGGUGACUAUGCUCCAGAUGAAAUUACAGAUGAAGUACAAGUCUACCAUAGCAACAGUAUAAGUCCCCAGUCCUGAAAUUGGCUAUGCAGACACACCAUUGAAGUCAGUGGGGCUCUGUGCUGGUGAAUGGGUCUGCCCACCUGAGCCUUAUAGGAUUGGGACUUAACACAGGUAGUUCAUAGAACUAUAUUAAUAUUUUUAGUGCAGUGCUAACUGCAAAAAAGAGCAGGGCAAAAGCAGAAUCUUAUGCUUUCAUGCACACAUCCUAGUGAAAGUGUUUUCCAGAAGUGCCUAAUAUACACUGUCUUUCUGUAAUAUUUGAGAUGGCAGAAAUAAGAUUUUAAUUCUUCAGUUGGAUUCCUUUGAUUUUAGUGAGACACAGUGCAUGUGACUAUAGAAUGGUUAAACCUUCCAGAUCCCCAUGAGUCUAGUUGCAAUUGACAUCUCCUGUCUGUGCAGGCCAUAAUGGCCACUUUUAACAUAUCAGUCUUAGAUCAAGAUUGCACCAGUCAGUGCCAGGUAUUCUCAGAUGUUACCUGCUCUAUUACAAGGAAAUAAAAACAAAAACAAAAAUAGCACUGGCUUAAUAAUUUGGUAUCAGGCAGCCAUAUGAAGUUAGCCAACAUUUACCAAGAUGACUUUCAUAAGAACAUAAAUGAAAUUUUGUAAAUUUAAAGAGCUUGUUCUUUAAAUAAAUCUGUAGUUUGUAAUAAGAUUUAGGUCAAAUUCUGUUAACAAAAAUAGUAAACAGUUUGCUAUUGGUAUCGAGAUUUUAGUGUCAAGAAGGUAACAUCUACUUUUAUACUAUUUUUUUCCCUAGAUAAUCCCCAAAUUAUUUACAAACUAUGCUUAAAUAUGAUGUAGUUCACAAUCCUCCCACUGAAAGCAACUGUCACUUGGGUUAGAACACAGCUGUUUGUUCUUAAUGGAAAGCAAAUGUUCAGAACAAUUCAGGAAAAGUGAAAAGUAUCAAAAUGAAACCACAAGAAAAAAAAUGUAAGUAACUAUAUAGUAUAAUAACCCAGUUUCAGAUUUGAUCAGGACACUGAAGCUAACACUACUAUUCUUGCAAAAUCUAGGGUGGAGUCUUACUAACCAUGAGUUUUUACAACUUAAUUGUCACUUCUCAUCAAAAAUACAGGGCCUCAUUCUCCACUGCUUUGUCCUUGUGUAGUAGUUUAUACCCAUGUAAAGUGAGUAAAGUUGAUGUAAAAUGCUAUGACAUGUUGGAUGUGCAGUUUAUCAAGGUGUAAAUGACAGGUUCAAGGAAAUAGAGAAUCAGGCCCAUAGUAUUUUUAACUAUCGCCAUCACUAGCAACUUGGUGGGCUACGGUCAGCAUUGAGUCAGCGGAAAGAACAACACCGACUGAAUCACAAAUAGUGUUUAUUAUAGCAAUCUGACUUUCCUUGGAGGUCUUCUAUCCAAGCACUGUUUAGGCCUAAUCUUGUUUUGCUUUGGGCAUCUGAUGGAAUCAUAACCCAUGGUAAAACUCUUGCCAUUAUUUAUAUCUGUAUUUCGUCAAAUAUAUAUAUAGUGAUGCUUCACUCAGAUUUUUAUUUGAAAAUAGAUAUGUUCCUUUAAUUUUUUCUUAAAGCUGUGCUAGAUUUUGCAUA